CCGACGGCGGCGGCGGCGGCGGGAGGGCGUUCGCUAGCGCGUGGCCUGAGGCGGCGGGGGGCUAGGCAGGGGUCUGGUGGUGUCAAAGAUCCUGGUACCUCGCCAGGCGCUCCUUGCCAGGAGUUCAUGCCAAGGCAGGCGAGUGCAUCCGGGUGGAUGAGAGACGUUUUUCAACCUGGGAAGUCCCGUGGUGGCGCACGGGGCAGGCAGGUGUGGUAGUUACUUAAUUGAAGAAUUAAAAGAAUCACAAGAUGAUGAUUUUCCAGAAUUGACUUCUAUUUGACAAGUGUUAUCUGUAAAGAAGAUCAUUGUAAAACAGAAGAUUGAACAAAGCCUUAUAACUUUGAACCUGGAUUACAGAUUUAUAAAAGAAAGUUAAAAUUAGUCAUUUUGAUUUUGGUGUUCCAAUUUCAUAAUAUAUACUUAUCCAGAUAGAUUUAGGGAACAGAAAUUAAGAUUUGGUGCUAUAACAAAGGAUGCACUAAUAUUUGUUCUAGCAUUCUUGUUUUCUUUUUGUGUGAGAGCAGAGAAGUAGAUAUAUAAGAACUGAGCUGAUACAUAAUGAAAUACACUAAAUGCAAUUUUAUUAUGUCAGUUCUUGGCAUAAUAAUCUAUAUAACUGAUUUAAUUGUAGACAUCUGGGUAUCUGUCAGAUUUUUUCAUGAAAAACAAUAUAUUUUUGGUGUUUUAACAUUAAGCUUUAUGCUUUUUGGAACACUUGUGGUCCAGUGUUUUAGUUAUUCUUGGUUCAAGGCUGAUUUAAAGAAAACAGGUCAAGAAACUCAACCUUGUUUUCUUCUACUUCAUUGCUUGCAAAUGGGAGUUUUUACAAGGUAUUGGUUUGCUCUGAAAAAUGGUUACCAUAUAGCAUUCAAAUAUAGCAGCAAAACUAAUAACUUCAUGGAAGAACAAAUUGAUCCACAUAAAGAAGUUAUAGAUAGAGUGACUGAUUUGAGCAUGCUCAGACUGUUUGAGACCUACCUGGAAGGCUGCCCUCAACUUGUUCUUCAGCUCUACAUCUUUCUGGAGCAAGGUCAAGUGAAUUUCAGUCAGUAUUUGUCCGUCGUGGUCUCUUGCUGUGCUGUUUCUUGGUCAACAGUUGAUUAUCAAAUAGCCUUAAGAAAAUCCUUGCCUAAUAAAAAUCCCCUUAAUGGAUACUGUCCCAAAGUCACGUAUCUCUUUUAUAAGUUAUUUACAUUAUUAUCUUGGAUGCUUAGUGUGGUACUUCUACUAUUCUUAAAUGUUAAGGUUGCUUUAUUUUUAUUGUUAUUUAUUUGGCUUUUAGGUAUAAUGUGGGCAUUUAAACAACAAACUCAGUUUUGUACUUCUUUUAGUAUGGAACUCUUAUAUAGGACUGUUGUUGGAUUUAUUCUUAUUGUUACAUUUUUUAAUGUUAAGGGCCAGAAUACCAAAUGUCCAAUGUCCUGUUAUUAUAUUGUAAAGGUACUGACCACACUGGGGAUACUGGUUGUGUUCUGGGUUUACCCACUCUCUAUUUUUAAUGCAGAUUAUAUCAGACCUAUCAGUAUCACUAUAGUUCUUACUCUUCUCCUUGGAAUUAUUUUUCUUAUUGUUUAUUAUGGGAUUUUUCACCCAAACAAGAUUGAAGAAACAAAGUUUGAUGAAAUUGAUGGAAAAUCAGUUCAAAGAGAUUGUAGAAUAAGAUAUUUUCUAAUGGAAUAAACUAUUCAUUUGGGAGAUUUAAAAAAAUUUUGCUUCAUUGAUUAAUAAUGAAAAUACAUGUUGGAUAUGAGUUGUCUCUUAUUUUUACUUUGUUUAGUUUGAGGUCAAUUCUGGUAUACUAAUUGUAAGAUUAUUUUAUUUUAUUAAAAUUAAAAUCUUUCUUGGUUUUAAAGAUCUUGAGUACUCACAUACUUGCUUAUUGACUGCCAUCUUGAGCCUGAAAUGGUAGAAAUGCUCUGGUUCCCAUAAUAAGAGGGUUGUAAUUGAGCUUCUGUCUAAUUCUUGUCAUUGUUCCUGAGCUGAAACUGCUAUGCCUGAAGUAGAGAAGUGUAAAUGGAAAAGAGCAGAACACUUCAUUCUUCUUUACAUUGUCGUCUUGAUUCAAUGCAUAGCUUUUUUUCUAAAGAUUCAUUUAUUAUUUAUUUUGAAAGGCAGAG